CGAGGUCUUUCUGAGCCGAAACUCAAGAGAGAAAAAUAAAAAAGAGGAGGAAACAAAAAAUGCGAAGGCCUUCUUCCACAAUCUGUCUAUUCAAGAACUCCACGGUUUUUCUUCCAUCAUCAAAACCAAAACCCUCCCUCAAACCAAUCCCAAUCCAGGAAAAUCUCACAAUCUAUUCUCCAAUCAUUCCAAAAGCCACAUCCCAUUCCUCUAUCUCCCAGAAAGCCAACAACUACCGCCACCCGAAUCCAAAAGACCCUAUGUCAGUCUCAACAACCAAGCUCACCCAAGAACAAAAUCCAAUAUCUCCAAAAACCAUAUCCAAUUUAUCCUCCCCCCAAAUGGUUUCUCCCCAAAUCACCCCAAAAUCCAACUCCGACCACCCAAAUCGAGAAAACCCAGCUCUGGUUUCACCAAACAAACACUCUCAACAGCACAAUCGAAUCCCUCCAAAACCCACAUCCCAUUUCACUUCCCUCCAAAUGGGUUCUUCCCAGAUCACCCAAAAAUCCUACUCUCACCACCAAAAUCCAAAAAACCCAAUUCCAAUUUCACCAAACAAACACACCCAAGAACAAAAUCCAAAUGCUCCAAAACCCACACCUCAUUUUACUUUCCUUCAAAUCGGCCCUUCCCAGAUCACCUCAAUAUCCAACUCCGACCAUCAAAUCCCAAAAAACUCAAUUCCAAGUUCACCAAACAAACACACCCAAGAAGAAGAAGAAGAAAAUUCUACUGCCACAAGGUUUCCGGUACACACUUCUCAAUUCCUCUAUCAAAAUGACAACAGUCCAAAUCUCCAUAAGUCUCAUCACCAGAACCAUGAAGACCCUGAAUACGCUGCUGAUGUCGAAAAAAUCUACCGAAUUCUACGUAAAUUCCACUCCAGAGCUCCCAAACUCGAGCUUGCCUUACAAGAAUCCAAGAUACCUGUUUCACCCACUCUAGUCUCCCGCGUUCUAAACCGCUGUGGUGAUGCCGGGAAUCUAGGAUACAGGUUCUUCUCAUGGGCGUCAAAACAACCCGGAUACAGAAACAGCUAUGACGUCUACAAAUCCAUGAUCAAAAUCUUGGGCAAGAUGCGGCAAUUUGGGGCAGUCUGGGCAUUGAUCAACGAGAUGCAGAACGAGAAUCCAGAACUGAUCACAGCUGACAUUUUCAUUAUCCUGAUGCGGAGAUUUGCUUCAUCAAGAAUGGUUGAGAAGGCAAUUGGCGUUUUGGAUGAAAUGCCGAGGUUCGGGUGUGAACCCGAUGAGCAUGUGUUCGGGUGUUUGUUGGAUGCUCUCUGUAAGAAUGGGAAAGUAAAAGAAGCUGCAUUGCUGUUUGAAGAUAUGAGGAUUCGAUUCCCACCGAAUUUGAAGCAUUUCACGUCACUUUUAUACGGUUGGUGCAAGGAAGGGAAGCUCAUCGAGGCAAAAUUUGUUCUGGUUCAGAUGAGAGAGGCAGGUUUUGAUCCAGAUGUUGUUGUCUACAACAACCUUUUGGGUGGAUAUGCGGCUGCUGGAAAAAUGCGGGACGCAUUUGAUCUCUUGGAUGAGAUGAAGAGGAAAGGGUGUGGCCCAAAUGCUACAUCUUACACUAUCUUGAUCCAGGCCCUCUGUGCGAAUGAGAAAACAGAAGAAGCAAUGAGGGUUUUCAUAGAUAUGUGUAGAAAUGGAUGCCGUGCAGAUGUUGUGACUUAUACUACUCUGAUCAGCGGGUUUUGCAAAUGGGGCAAGAUUGAUAGAGCUUAUGAUCUCUUGGACAGCAUGAUUCGAAAUGGCUGCAACCCGAAUCAGACUACAUAUUUCUGUAUCUUGGCAGCCCAUGAGAACAAGGAAGAAUUGGAGGAAUGUUUGGAGCUUGUCAGCGAAAUGUCAAAAGCAGGCUGUGUUCCUGAUCUCAAUAUCUAUAACAUCGUGAUCCGAUUGGCUUGUAAGUUGGGUGAGUUGAAGGAGGCUGUAAGUGCCUGGAAUGAUGUGGAAACGAAUGGAUUGAGCCCGGGGGUGGACACUUUCACGAUCAUGAUACAUGGGUUUCUCGGGCAGGGGUCCCUUAUUGAUGCCUGUAAAUACUUCAAAGAGAUGGUAGAGAGAGGCCUUCUAUCCACGCCACAGUAUGGGACUUUGAAGGAGCUCUUGAAUUCGCUGUUGAGAGCCGAAAAGCUCGAAUUGGCAAAAGAUGUGUGGGCUAGCAUUGUGAACAAGGGAUGUCAACUAAAUGUCUGUGCAUGGACUAUAUGGAUACAUGCUUUGUUCACAAGCGGGCACGUCAAGGAAGCGUGCUCAUACUGUUUGGAUAUGCUCGAGAACGGUUUAAUGCCACAGCCUGAUACUUUCGCCAAGCUCAUGCGGGGUUUAAAGAAGCUCUAUAAUAGGCAGAUAGCGGCGGAGAUUACAGAGAAGGUUAGGCAGAUGGCUGCGGAUAGGGGGGUCACAUUCAAAAGUUAUAAACGGCGAGGAGUGAGGGAUGAGAAGGAGAAGCUAAAGGCGAAGAAGGAUGGAAGGAAGAGAAGAGGUCGCAAGCGCCAAUGGGGCCGAGCCAGUCGAGCAGACAUUUCCUAAUUUGGAUGAAGAAAAAGAAAAGGAUUCUGCUGAUGACCCACAUGAAGUUAAGGACAUGGAUGGGUGAUGACGUUGUUCAAUGAGACCUUGUAUGUGGGAGAUUAAUGAGUAUCCAAUCUCCACCCAAAGAUGAUGAAAAGUGAAAUCAGAUAACAUGGAAAUAAUCAGUAACUGAAAUGAAAUCCAAGAGUGGCACCACCCUGAAUUGAGUGAAAUCAUCCCGUCGUCCUCCAUGCCUCCUGCUGCCAGUAAGUGUAAUGGCACUUCUCAAGACCCUUCGACAGUCAAGCUAUUGUAUUUAAGAUUAUAGUGCUCAUCUGCAGACACCAUUCCGCUGUACUUGACACCCUGAAGUCACGUCCCAAGCACUCCUAAUUCCAUUCAAUUAGGAGUGGGACCAUCUCUUAAAUUUCACUUAAAUCAUUUGCUUAUGUUGCCAUUCUUCUGAUUUAUAGUCAAGUUCAAUCCAUUUUCUUCAGAAUGCUGUGACAUUAGUGGAUGGCGCGAGUUCCAAUGGGUGGAGGAUUUCUUUCAUUAUUGACAAGAUUCUCUCUCUCAUCCAUCUUGGCCACCCCCUUGAAGGGAAUCCAAGAUCUGGAUCUUUUUGGGAUUCCAUUAUCGAGAGGAGUGGCGUGAAGCUUGCUGGAUGGAAAGGGAAAUACCCCUUCUUUGGGGGUUAGGUUAACUAUAAUUAAGGUGGCUUUGGCCAAUAUCCAGGUCUACUCCUGUCUCUAUUCAAAAUUCCUGUGUGGUGGUGGCGGCGGCUUUGGGAAUUUAUAGUAGCCAAAGGGAUUUCUUAUGGGAUGGGUGCCAAGAGGGUCACAAAACCACCUAGUUAGUUGGAAGGAGGUGCAAAAACCAUUCAAGCAUACGGAGUCUCAGUAUAGGUGACAUUAAGGGAAAAAAUUGGGCUUUGCCUGGCAAAUGGUGGUGGAGAUUCAUGGAUGAACCGAAUUGCAAGUAUGGGGAGUCGCAUGGGAGUUGUUUUCCGUGGAUGGGGGUAAGUCGGAAUGGGUUGGUGAUAUGGAAAGAACCGAGUAAAAUUGGUCAGCAGAGUAGAGAUGUGGAUAUGUAUACUGCAGCGAAAAUGGGCAGUUUGGCAUUAGCUUUUCAAUGGGCAAAGGCGAUAAAAUCUCGUUUUGGAUGGAUAUUGGGCUGGAAGAUACUCCUUUAUUGGUGUCAUAUUGGGAGCUCAUCAGUGACUGCUAGAAUUCUUGGGUAAUUCCGAGUAUGGAACAUUAGAGACUAAGAAGAAAUGUGGUGAAUGAGGUGGCGGCCAGGUGGACUAAGAAUUCUUGGGUAACUCCAUGUAUGGAACAUUAGACUGAGAAGAAAUGUGGUCGAUGAGGAGGUUGUCACAUCUGAGUUUCUCUUGAGCAGGCUUUCAGUCAUCAUGGAUGAUAGGAAGAUCUGGAAAUGGGCUCCAGACAGACGGGCAGUUUUGUAGCAAAAUCGUAGCUAGCAAUGUUUUUGGCCCCCAUUCAGCUCCUCGGAGAAUCAAAGCUUUUGUUUAAUGGCACUGGCUAACGAAAAAAAAAAUUAUACAGUCAAUAGCUUUCAAAAGUGCAACAUGGCAGUUCCCAAUCACUACAUUAUGUACAAGUCAGGGCUGGAAAUGGUGGAUCACAUAUUUAUUCAUGUAUCUCAUCUAGGAUGAUCAGUUGAGCCCUUGCAGAUCGGCAGUUCAAGGGAUGAAUGGUUGAGGACUCUCUUCUUCUUUGUCUUCAUCUUCUUCUUCCUCCCUCCUCUUCCUCUUCUUCUUCGUCCUAUUUUUCUUUUCUUUUUUAGUAAGAAACUGAAAUUUUAUGAAGAGCCCAUUUCGAUUAGUUGAAAUAUGAAACGAAGAAACGUCAUUUCCAUAAAAA